AGAAGCAGGGCGUUCGUGUUCUCUCUGUCAAAGCUUUUGCGUUAAGAUUCUCCCGGUCACGCCUGCCGCAUCCAGCACAACCGGGAAUAGCGUUUCCCUCCCGUCAGAAACCGACACACAGCAGAGAGAAUCGUUCGCUGUCGGUUGAAGAUCUCAGAAAAGCCGCCGAGGCCUGCGCUGUUUUCCGUCUCUAUUGUACGCAGCAGCCGUGAAUCCAUGACAGCCGCAUCUUCCAUUGAUCUGUUGAUUUCUGCUGGAUCUUCUGCAUCUCCACCACCGCUGUCCUUUACUACAUCACAACAUCUGGCCACGAGCACCUCGCUCAAUUCCCACCGAAAAUCCUCUUUUUGACGAAGAAAGCCUCUCCCGUUUAACACACAUGCUGAAUGUAGAUGCGAGCGCAGCCUUUUUUAUUCAUAUAUUCCAGUGUGUUCAGUCGUCGUGUGGCUGUUUGUGAUUUAUUCAUCAUCAGCCGUCGUUUACACCGAGCAGGCCGUGGCUUUUAGUCACAGACACCAUCCACGAUGGGUUUCUGCGCUAAAUUUGGCGAUCGUUGUUGACGAUCGCUGUCUUUUUUCCUCCCCUUCACUGAUUUAAACCGUUUUUUUCCGUUGGUCGGGUUCGUGAGGACGGGGAGCGGCGCCAGGCGGGAUUUCGCGCCCGCAGCAAACCAAACGACGCAUUUGUUUAUCUCAAAACUCAUUUUUAUUUUCAAGACUGAGAUUAAUAUUUGUUUUCAAUGAAAAUCCACUGUCUACCAGAGGAGGAUUAUCGUGUGUACGGCCACGGAGUGGGAGCGGGGAUUUUACGACACACAAAUAUAACAUUUUUCACCUCACCUGAAAUCCGUAUUGUGAAUAUUACAUCUGUUUAAGCCUUUAAUCGUCGACUAAAAUCGUCAAUCCACCCGAAGAGGAUCGUCUUCAGCACCGUCGUCUCAUUGCAAUACCCUUGACGAUCAACAGUUCGUCGCGUAAAGACGACAUGCCUCAAAAUCCGCGCGAAUAAUCGGAGCGCUUGAAAGAAUUUCACAAUGACUAUUAAUACCAAACCAACAUGUCUCUCGACAACACCCGCGGACGCUUUUAAUGUUAUAUGCUAAUUUAUCUCAUCGAGAAGGCCAGGAGACUGUGUUCACACUGGAUUUUGUGUUUAUCAUUGUAAUUCCCGUGACUGAAGGCGCACUGUAAAGUGGAUUAUUCCGAUCUGAACUAUCAUGUUUUUGGUCUCUUUAUCGUGUGGAAGAUGGCAGCUGAUUAAAUUUUAAUCUUGAUGCAUUCUGGCGACACGAGAGCAGCAGAGGAGAAGCGAUUGAGUCGGGGAGGAGAGGAGAGGAGAGAGGGAGAGGAGGAGAGGAGGAUGUAGGGUGGAUACGGAGUACCACAAGGUUCAUCUUACUCUUCAGGAACUCUGUCCUGCCCCUUUCACCUUAUCCGUUCCUCUGUCGUUACCAUGGCACUAUCACUGUGGUUACUGUGGAUGUGUCCUGUGUUGCUUAGCAACAUUGCUCCCUCUGAACAAGGUCUGAGUCGAGCCGCGAUGCCCUUCGGUCUGAUGAGGAGAGAGCUGGCGUGUGAAGGUUACCCCAUCGAGCUGCGCUGCCCAGGAAGUGAUGUCAUCAUGAUCGAGACCGCCAAUUACGGCCGCACAGAUGACAAGAUCUGUGACGCUGACCCCUUCCAGAUGGAGAACGUGCAGUGCUACCAGCCUGACGCCUUCAAGAUCAUGUCACACAGGUGUAAUAACAGGACUCAGUGUGUGGUGGUGGCCGGUGCUGACGUGUUUCCUGAUCCCUGUCCUGGAACUUACAAAUACCUGGAGAUCCAGUAUGAGUGUGUCCCUUACAUUUUUGUCUGUCCUGGUACUCUGAUGCGUGUGUUGGAGCCCAGUUCGGUGCGGGAGGCGGAGCAUCAGUCGGGGGCGUGGUGUAAAGACCCCCUGCAGGCAGGCGAUAGGCUGUAUGUGAUGCCCUGGACACCCUAUCGCACCGACAUGCUGUAUGAAUACGCAUCCUGGGAUGACUACAUUCAAAACAGGAUCACCACCACAUAUAAGCUGCCGAGUCGAGUGGACGGCACUGGGUUUGUGGUGUAUGACGGAGCCGUGUUCUACAAUAAAGAGAGAACGCGCAACAUAGUGAAAUAUGACCUGCGAACCCGCAUCAAGAGCGGCGAAGCCAUUAUUGCGACAGCAAACUACCACGACACUUCGCCGUACCGCUGGGGCGGAAAAUCCGACAUCGACCUGGCGGUGGACGAACAUGGGCUGUGGGUCAUUUACGCCACCGAAGCCAAUAAUGGACGCCUGGUGGUCAGCCAGGUGAACCCGUACACGCUGCGUUUCGAGGGCACGUGGCAGACCAGUUUCGAGAAGCGCAUGGCGUCGGAUGCGUUCGUGGCGUGUGGGAUCCUGUACGCCGUGCGCUCCGUCUACCAGGACGACGACAGCGAGGCAGGAGGAGAUCUGAUCCUGUAUGCGUACGACACACGGAGGAACCGCGAGGAGCCGGUCAGAAUCCCCUUCCCAAACCCCUACCAGCACAUCUCCUCCAUCAGCUACAACCCCCGAGACAACCAGCUGUACGUCUGGAACAACUACAUCGUGCUGCGCUACCCGCUGGAGUUCAGCCCGCCGCAGCCCACCACCGAUCCGCUCUCCACGCCUCUUCUCUCCACGACUCCACCCAGUUCUCUCUCCUCCACCGUUUCCAUGGGCUUCAGUCCCACUUCCGUCCCAUCCGUGACCUUUCAUCCAGUGGGAGCCAUAAACCGGGCUCCGGCAGGGCGUCCCAUCACAGCCACGGUCCCGGUGACCGUCAGGCCUCCACGCCGACCCCAAGGACCCCGGACACCAGUGUGUGAGGGCCGCGUGACCCGGGGAGUGCAGUGGCCUCCGACACACAGAGGGGAAACGGUGGAGAGACCCUGCCCCAAAGGAUCCCUCGGAAUAGCGUCGUAUCAGUGUAUGUCUGAUGACGUGGUCUGGAACCCUCGAGGUCCUGAUCUCAGCAACUGCACCUCUCCCUGGGUCAACCAGGUCGCUCAAAAGAUUAAGAGUGGAGAGAACGCAGCUCAUAUCGCCGCUGUGCUUGUCAAUCACACACGGGGGCGGGUCUAUGCUGGUGAUGUCACUUCCUCUGUGCGUCUGAUGGAGCAGCUGCUGGACAUCCUGGACUCACAACUGCAGGCGCUGCGACCCGGAAACAAAGAGUCGGCCACGCGCAACUAUAACAAGCUCCAGAAGCGAGAGCGGACCUGCCGCUCGUUUAUACAGGCGGUGGUGCAGACGGUGGAUAAUCUGCUGCGUCUGGAGGCGCUGGAGUCGUGGCAGGACAUGAACUCCACAGAGCAGUCUCACACCGCCACCAUGCUGCUGGACGUGAUGGAGAAAGGAGCGUUUCUGCUGGCCAACAACCUGUACGGGGGACACUUCAGCGACCGCGCGCCCAACGUCGACCUGGAGGUGUAUGUGCUGAACACAGAGAUGGAGCUGAAGGAUCUCUCCUUCCCGAACUCGUAUGACAGCGACAGCACCAUCCACGUGUCCUCAUCCACCAUCAAACAGUACAGCCGCAACGGUCAGGUGAAGGUGGUCUUCACGCUCUAUAAGAACCUGGGCGCGUUUCUGUCGACGCUGAACGCCACACUGAAGCCGGACGCGGAGCUCCACAGUCUGGCGGUGAACACACACAUCAUCUCUGCGUCCAUGAACAAAGAGUCCAGCAGAGUGUUCCUGACUGAACCUGUGCUGUUCACACUGCGCCAUCUACAGCUGGAGGAUCACUUCAGCCCCAACUGCUCGUUCUGGAACUACUCGGAGCGCUCGAUGACGGGUCAGUGGUCGUCACAGGGCUGCCGGCGUCUGCACAGCAACAACACACACACCACCUGCGCCUGCUCGCAUCUCACCAACUUCGCUGUGCUCAUGAACCACCAGCAGCCCACCUAUCCGGGUGGUGUUCAGGGCCUGAUCCUGUUCGUCAUUACGUGGGUGGGGAUGGUGAUCUCUCUGGUCUGUCUGGCUCUCUGCAUCUCCACCUUUUGCUGCCUGCGGGGCCUUCAGAGUGACCGCACCACCAUCCACAAGAACCUGUGCCUCACACUCUUCAUCUCACAGCUCCUCUUUCUCAUCGGCAUGGACAAGACACACUACACGGUGGUGUGUCCAGUUCUGGCAGGUCUCCUGCACUUCUUCCUGCUCUCCGUCUUCUGCUGGCUCUGCAUGGAGACGGUGCAGCUGUAUGUGUUGAUGGUGGAGGUGUUCGAAAGCGAGACUUCUCGAAGGAAGUAUUACUACCUCUCUGCAUACGGUUUCCCCACCCUGGUGGUGGCCAUUUCUACAGCCAUCGACUACAGGAGCUACGGAGGAGCCAAAGCAUGCUGGCUGAGGGUGGAUAAUUACUUCAUCUGGACGUUCAUCGGCCCCGCUUCCCUUGUUAUUCUGCUGAAUCUGGCGGUGCUGGUGAUCACGGUGCACCGGAUGCUCCGUCACUCCACCGUCCUCAAACCCGACUCCAGCCGAUUCGACAACAUCAAAUGCUGGACGGUCAGCUCUGUGACGCUGCUCCUGCUGGUGUCUCUGACGUGGAUCUUCGGUUUGCUCUUCAUCAAUGAUAACAGUGUGGUGAUGGCGUAUCUCUUCACCUCCUUCAACGCUCUGCACGGCAUGUUCAUCUUCCUGCUGCACUGCGCCCUGCAGAAGAAGGUGCAGAAAGAAUACAGCAAGUGUUUGCGUCAAUCACCCUGCUGUGGCCACGCCUCCUCCACUGGUUCACAUGGUUCUCUCAAGAGCUCCGCCCACCGGGGAAACAACCGAUAUUAUGGUGGCAGCCAAUCACGGCACGCGCCUGCACAGAGACAGAGCCGCAUCAGGAGGAUGUGGAACGACACGGUGCGGCGUCAGACAGAGUCGUCCUUCAUGGCUGCAGAGAUCAACAACACACCCACCCUGACCCGAGGCACUAUGGGUAAUCACCUGCUAGCCAAUCCAAUGCUCCAGACCCGCUCUGGCUCCUCCCCUUACAACACCCUAUUGGCUGAAACAUUCAACCCCCCCUCACCAGCAGUUUUCAACGCCACUGGCACGUUCAGAAACUCAAAGGGCACUCUGUCGCGCAGUCGGGAAUCCUGUGGCCUGGAGGGAGUUCGGCUGAACGGAAACUACAACAACAGCUAUUCACUUCACGGAGGGAGUUCGGAUCUCCUUGGGGGCGUUCCUGUAGGAUCAGGGGGCGUGUCUGGAGAAGUAAGCCCUGCCCUUUUGACCCCAAGAGGGGCAGAGACUUCCAGCGGAUUACGACGGAAUCUGUCCGAUGCAGCGGCGCUGGAGAAAAUGAUCAUCUCUGAGCUGGUGCAAAGCAACUUGCGUCCUUCAACCGAUCGAUAUGGAAACGGUACAAAUUCAACAAUGCAUCGGCAAGAUUACGCGACAUCAACAAGUCAUCGAGAGCCGCCACAAAGGCCGCUGCCCCGGCCACCACCGCCGCCCCCACAGGACGAGGAGGAGCUUUUAUACAAAGCCUUAGAAAAACCACGCCUUCCAGACAAACCACGUCUACCCGAAAAACCCCGCCUUCCUGAUAAGCCCCGCCUCCUGGAGCAUGCCCAAUCGGUGUUCUACCAAAGCGAAGAGGACUCAGAGAGCUUCUCGGCGGAGAUUACAGACAAUGUGGGCGGAGCUGGGCCUGACUCCGCCUCUUUGUACGCGCGGGACCGUGAUUCAUCCUAUCCCGACAGCAGUCCCGAAGCGCUGACGGCAGAGCCGCACCCCACUCUCCCGCCGGACGAGCUGUAUUUCAGCGCAGGACGCCAGGCCCACAUUUCAGCUUUCUACCAGCCUCCGCCACGGCGGACCAAUGAGGAGGCACGACUGGGACUGCAGCCCUCACAGGGGGACGGCGACGGACAGAUGCAGCUGGUGACCAGUCUGUGACUAGGGCGAUGGUGACCGGGACACCAAGAUCUGGAGGAGGACCACCACAGCGGACAACGUCUGCAUCAGCAUCAGAACGCCACAGCGGAUAUCUAGAACAACUCUAGAGUGACUGCUUACUGGACAAAAUCAGAUGAAAUUAAUAGUUUCCUCUGAUUUUGUGGUCAAAGUUAAGUAUUGAGUGAGAUCCACGCAGCAGGAUGGAGCUAACCAUGAUCAAUUCUCUACACUGCAACAAAAUGACUAUCUUAGUUCAGGAGUUUUACUAGAAACAGCUCAGAAUUCUUAAACCUAGAAGCAUUUCAUAGACUGGUUUGAGAUUUUUUUGUCAUGAUUCUAGUCUAAAUAUCUAAAAAUUCUUAAAUCAGGAAGAAUCUUAUUGACUAGUUUAAGAUUUUAAGUCUUUAUCCUAGUCUAAAUAUCUAAGAGUUCUUAAAUCUAGAAGCAUUUUCUAGACUGGUUUAAGAUUUGAGUCUAGUUUAAUACUAAUUUAAGUCUUGAUUCUAGUCGAAAUAUCUAAAAAAUCUAAAAUUAGGAAGGAUUUUAUUGACUGGUUUAAGAUUUGAGUCUAGUUUAACACUGGUUUGUCUUGAUUCUAGUCUAAAUAUCUAAGAAUUCUUAA